GUUCAGGUAACAUCUAGACAUUCCUAGAACAUUUGACUGAUAUGCCUUCUAGGGUUACUUCCAAACUGACUGGACUGCAAAGUCCUGACUGCUGUUGCAACACAGUAUUCAUGAAAUCAGAUUCAGGUGACAUUUUUGACAGGUUGCCGAAGCCUGAAAGCAGUAGCAGUUUGUGUGCGUGCAGUCACCGGGGAGCGCUAUUUUUGUUUUGGAAAAACUGGAAAAGCUUAAAUGACGCGGAGGAGUGACAGUCAUUGUGGUGAAGGUUGGCGUGGCGACUGCAACCGCAAUUGAUCUUCAUAGACAGCAGAGUCAACCUGUGGCUCUUUGGUGCACAGGAGGAAAAUACUAUUCUGUACGUUAGCAUAAUGGAGGACUGUGAGCAGCUGUUGGCCGCCAGGUCAGAGGAGAGGAGGCUGAACGGCCACUGCAGCGCUCACACUCAGGGGCCGGAGUCGAAGGUGGUGCAGGACUUCAGACGGAGGCUCAAGUACUUCUUCAUGAACCCCUGUGAGAAAUACAGAGCCAGGGGUCGUAAACCGUGGAAACUGAUGUUGCAAAUACUAAAAAUCGCAAUCAUCACAAUCCAGUUAGUCUCCUUCGGCCUGAGCAACGAAAUGAUGGUCACCUUCAAAGACGAAAAUCUGAUGACGUUCAAACAUCUGUUUCUAAAAGGAUACAAGGACCACCGGCUGGGAAGAUAUGCGCUGUACACAAAGGCAGAAGUCUAUGAUCACAUCUACUUUGUUAUCAACAAGUACAUCCAUCUGCAAAACCUGACGGUGGGUAACCUCGCGUACGAGAUGGUUGACGGAAAGUACACCCCUCUGUCUGUGUGCCAAGAGUUUUACAGAAACAGCAGCAUCGAUCCUGGAAAUGAGACCUUUGACAUUGAUCCGCAUAUUGAUAAAGAUUGCUUUUCCAUCUAUCCCAUGCAGUUGUUUGACAACAGCAGUUUGCAGACAGAUGUGAACUUCUCCUUCGAUUUUAAAAGGCUGCUAUCAGUGAGCAUCUACUUCACGCUGAAAACCAUCAACCUGCAGACUGUUCGCCACCAUGAGCUGCCCGACUGUUACGACUUCCAUAUCAUGAUCCUGUUUGACAACUGUGCACACAGUGGAAAGAUAACGGUGGAUGUUGAAAAUGACGUAAGAAUUUAUGAAUGCAGAGACUGGAAUGUGGAAGGCACCUCUGAUAAAAUCGAUUACCUCCUCCUGUUGUUUGAUUCUGUGGUCAUCCUCGCCUGCUUGACCUCUCUCAUCCUCUGCAUGCGAUCCGUCAUCAACGGCAUCCAACUCCAGUUUGAGUUCAGCAUAUUCUUCCAUGCUUACUACAAUAAAAUCGUGACUUGGUCAGACCGCAUGGAGUUUGUGAAUGGCUGGUAUAUCCUCAUCAUUGUGAGUGACACGCUGACCAUUGCUGGCUCGGCGCUCAAAAUUGGCAUUCAAACAAAGUACCUGACAAACUACGAUGUCUGCAGCAUCUUGCUGGGAACAGCCACAAUGCUCGUCUGGGUCGGUGUGAUUCGUUACCUUGGUUUCUUCAAGAAAUACAACAUAUUAAUCUUAACCCUAAGGGCAGCUUUUCCAAAUGUGAUCCGAUUCUGCUGCUGUGCGGCCAUGAUCUACCUGGGGUACUGUUUCUGUGGCUGGAUCGUCCUUGGGCCUUACCAUGACAAGUUCCGAACACUUGACAAGGUGACAGAGUGCCUCUUCUCUCUCAUCAACGGGGACGACAUGUACGCCACCUUCCUGAAUAUGAGAGACAAGAGCUACAUGGUGUGGCUGUUCAGCAGACUUUACCUCUACUCCUUCAUCUCCCUCUUCAUCUACAUGGUGCUCAGCCUGUUCAUCGGCCUCAUUACUGACACUUAUGAGACCAUCAAGCAUCACCAGAAAGAAAAGGAGCCAGUGUCCCAGCUUCAAGCCUUCAUAGCAGAGUGCAGCGACCAGCCUGAAUCUGGAAGAUAUCAGACUGAUGAAGAGCCAACAUCCUGCUGCCUCCCUUCGUGCUGCUGCUUUGGAUGAAAUGAGAAGAUUUGGAUUGUUACCCUUGCCACACAUGCAAACGAAGAGUUGAUAAUACCAAAAGGCUGCAGAGAGUCCUGACUGUAUAGCAGCUUUUGAUUAUCUACUGAUGCCUGAUGGAAAUGUUGGAAUAUUUUAAGUAUAAUUUAAAUUUAUUAAGUAGAAUUUCUCAGAAUUUUUUUUUUUUUUGCUUGACUGAACACUACUGACAUAAAAUGCAAAACUUUCUCUGCUCACACCCCCCUUGCGUAUAGCCACUAAUAAACCGAUUCCUCCUCAGUUCUGUGAAGCAUUCAAAAGUGGUGGAAAGAAAGAUUUCAUAAAAAAAAUAAUAAAAACUGUAAGUA